ACACACACACACACACACACACACACGCACACCAUACCCGUCGUUGGUGAUGCAGCCUCCACAUAAUUCUUGUUUUGCGUUUCCCGCCAAACCAGUGUCUGUUAAUGACGCAUGGAAUCAGUUUUUAAAUUGCGCCUUACAUUGUUUUGUUGUUUGCUUUGUUCAUCCGUUUGCACCCUCGCCCUUACACCCUUGCCCGUACAUCCUGCUUCCUUCCUUGCCUCCCUCCCAUACUUGCCUGCUCUGUUCCCGGAGGGCUUGCGUUGCUCCGCUCCGCUUGCAGUGCCAACCACGUUUGUGGUCGUUUGUACCUGCUGGCUCCAUUCGGCACAUCAGCUUUGCAUCUAUGCAAUGCGCGAUGGCGCACCUGCACAACACGCUUGCGGUGACGGCUACCAGCCCCGUCUGGAGGAAGACUGAGAAGACAGCGCUGAGUGGCGCUCGAGACAACAUCAACGCUAACAGCACCAGCACCACCGGCCACAAGCGGCCCAGCAACGACAGCACUCGCCAGUGCUCGGAUGGCCACGUCCCAGAUACAGGCAUAUGGGCGUCCUUGUUUGAGGCGGGUCGGUGGUAUGCCGUGCGCACCACAGACAUGCCAGAGAUGAUCUCGUAUGAGUUCCAUGCGCGAGACAGCGAACGCAACACGUGGGUCGGCUGCUUCCGCCGCAACGGUAUGGCAUCGUCCAUACUCAGCUUCCAAUGGAUAUCCCCUCGCGACAUCCUUGGCAUCCGGGCGCCAAUCUUGCGCCUCUUCUACAGAGACCGGCUAGCGGAGGUGGUUGAUGAAACAGAGUGGACGGCGCUGGAGCAAGGCUGGAAUCUGCAGCGGAAGCAGACCACGGAGGAGUACAUCGAGAUGCGGGCAGCCAGCACGGAAGAGAUGGAGGGAAUAAUCGCCCGCGAGCACGAGCUGUCGAAACAGAACACAGCCGGGCCGUGCAGCGACGACAGCAGCGUGCACACCAACAAGGACAGCAUCAACGCAAGCGGAUCAUCGACCUCAUCAACAUCAGCGCCGUCCCCAUCUUCAUCCACUGCGUCACUCGUGCUCACGGACUUCCUCUCCGCCAUCGUUCCAAAUGAUCCGCACCAUGAACAACAACAACAGCAGCAGCAGCAGCAGCAGCAGGCUGGGAUGAACGUCGACGAUGACGAAAUUGGUGAUGAUAUGAACGCAUCGUGUCCUGAUGUCUCCGACUCGCUGUGGGCGGAGGAUCCAGGCGAACUGAUACAGCAGAAUGGCGGCUGGCGGUCGUGGCACAGCCUGCUUGAGAGCGAGGACCCUUCCCGCCCACCGUCCCGCUGCUCUCCAUCGCCAUCGUACGCACACCGACGACAGUCGUCGUCGUCGCCAGCUGCGCUCUCGCGGCAUCAAUCUGCAGCAUCGCUGGAAAUGCUACGCCACCCAUCGCCACAGCCCAUCACACCCAGCCCACCGUCAUCAUCACCACCAACAUUGUCCUUUCUCCCGUCCAUUCGGGAACAUCAACAACAACACCCCGGUACGUCAACAACAACAACAACAACAACAACAACAACAACAACAACAACAACAACAACAACAACAACAACAAGACCAACAUCGAUAGCAACAGCAUCGAUGCCAUCGUCACCACCAGCAGCAGCACCAGCAGCAGCACCAUCACCAGCACCAUCACCACCGCCAUCACCACUAUCGGUGCGGCCAGCAUUGCGGCAGUCCACUUCUCCCUGCACGCCAUCCUUCCUGCUGUGCUCGUCGCCAAAUCUGUCGCAGUCGCAGUCGUGCAGCCGCCGGUACCGCUUCAUCUGCGCGGUGGUGUCAACACACAACACGGGCGCCGGGCUGGACCCCGUGCUCAAGUGGGAUGCAAGCCCUGAGGCAUGUGACAUGGUCUGGGAGAGUGUGCUCGUGCAGGCGCGCCUGGAUUGGGACAACAGCGAUCACAAUCACAAUCACAAUCACAGCAGCGGCACAAGUGGAGGAAUAAGCAGCCAGACCAGAAACAGCGACAACAGCGGAUGUGGUCGUCGCAGUGGCAGCGCAGUUGGCGCUUCAAGUUCACAGUCGACCACGAAAACAAGAAGACAGCCGCAGGCAGCAACACCUCGCAUUUGUUCACCUGUUGUCCGAGGCGAUGAGGAUGGACAUGAUGGUGGCGGCGGUGGUGGUGGUGGUGGCUUUGAUCGUCGCAAGCACAAUGGCUGUGUACUUGAAAACAGCUGUGCAACAACUGAAACAGCAAUAACAACACCGACAGCAACAACAACAGCAGGUCAGCACCGCUCGCGCGUGGGGAAGCGGGGCUUGCGUGUCGCUUCCUAUUCGGUGCAUACGCACGACACGAGCAAUGGACACCAGAUGACAAGUCGUGCCAUGCACCGCCAGCAUCUCAUACGCCAGCUCUGUGCGGCCGCAGACUGGGAUUCGCACGUCAAAACAGCCGGGUUUGCAAACACGCCCACGGUCGAAGAUCUCGAGUUUGAUGAAGGGCAAGACGUCCCGCGUGUUGUCGAAUACUUUUGGGACAACACGCUGCAUUGAAGUGGACCAGCAAGCUCAUGCACACAGAAGGGACUCAUGUUCAUACACGCACACGGACACUCACACACACACAUGCACGCACGUGCACACGCACACACGUUCGCUUACUCACACAUGCUUGACUGGCACAACGUCACUUGACGCUUUCUUCGGCAGAACAGCAAACACGCUUCUUGCUUGCUCGCAUGCACAUACACGUAUUGCCUUGGGGCUCCUUGGACUUUUGAUUGACAAUCUAUUUGCAUGCAAAUAAACUACAGCACUG